GUGUGGGUAGUCGAUCUCUCUCUUCUCUCAUCUCAAUUUCUAAAAUCUCAUUUUAAGAUGAACUGAUUAUUUCGCUGCAUUUUCAUUCUUAUUUCAAGUUUUUCAAUCCGUUAACAGAUUUGUUAUCUUCAAUCUAUGAAAAAGUUCUCCCCAAUGAAAAUAAUAUUAUGAACUAGGAUUUAAACUUCAAUGGACCUACGUGAGAUCAUGGUGUCACAUAGUGUAUCGAUGUCCAUCGCAAACGAAUAUGUCCACUGCCCAUUUUCUUCAUCUUCCAUGUUACCCCUGCCAUGGGCGCCACAUCCAAGUUCUCCUCAAAGUCCGUUUAAAUUAUUUUCCCCACAAAUAAACCCUUACAACGCAUCAAAAAUGUUUCCUAAUCCACCGCCGAAUGAACUAGCCAAUAGUCCUGCUGUCAGACGCAAGAACUCUAGAAAAAACACCAAACCCAGCUACAAACAUGUUCCUCAUAAAGACAAACCUCCUCAUUUGGUGGCCAGAAGAAAUGCCAGAGAAAGGAGAAGAGUUGAAGCAGUUAAUAGCGCCUUUGCUAAGUUAAGAAAGUGUGUGCCCAUUGAAAAUCGCAACAAGAGACUUUCCAAAGUAAAGACUUUACAUCGAGCUAUAGAAUACAUUAAUGGACUUCAAGCUUUAUUGAAACAAGGAGAGAAUCCCGCGCUGUCUUCCGAGCCAAUCCAACAUUAUAGUCGUCUACGAAGCGAAAGCGUGACUUCUCCUGAUGAUGAUGACGAUGAUGAUUUCGAUGAUGAUGACGACUCCAGGGCUGUUAAGGAAGAAAGAGACGAUUCUGAAUUUCCCGAAUUUGAAGAAUAUUUGGAAUCAGAUGUGGAUGUUGUCAAUAAGGAAAAUGAAGGACAAGUCUGGGGCUCGCUUAGUACGGGUUGUGAAUCAAAUUAUUGGGCAUACAUGCCUUACAAUCAAGACUAUUCUGGCACUCUACCGAGUUAAUGCGAUUUCGGCGAUUAAAAUGAAAACAAUACAGUCAUUGCAACUUGGACAUAGGGAAUUAUAUCUUCAAAUUGCCAACAUUUUCUAGUGCUAUUGGGCAUUCAAUACCAGACUUUCAAGACAAUAAAUUCUUGAUUCCAUUUUUUUUCAGCAUACUCUAUUUUUUCUUACUUGCUGUUUGCAAUAUAUUGAGAAAAAAAUACUUUAAUUAUUUUUUGGUUAGCAUUAAAUAAGAAGAAAAUCAUUUCCUGCUUUUUAAAAAAUAUCUAAAGAUAGCGCUUCAGUUUUGAAAUGCGACAAGCUUUGCUCAUCAUCUGCACAAGUUAAAGCAAUUUUGGGAAUAUUUUGGAAACAUUUGGAAAUGAUUUUUGAUAAUGUUCUCGCUCCAAAAUUUUUUUCUGUAAGAUAUUGUAAAAUUUAAAUUUUUGAAUAUAGUAUACCUUAAUGUAUAGUAUACCUUUGAAUAUAAUAUACCUUAGUCAUAGAAUCAGAAUAACAAUGAUGAAGUUGGAAAAAGAAAUUUCAAAGCGAACUAUGUUUUUGUUUAUAUCGCAAUCCCAUGUUGAUUUUAAUGAGCAAAAUUUUAACUUAUUUUAAUAUCUCUUUUUAUCAUUUACUUUCCAGUUGUUUUGUAAUUGUGUCAAGAUUAUUUGGAAUUUAUGUGACAUUGAAUUUUAGAACAUAUUCGGGUAUUUUUUAGCUUUCUUUUGUUCUACCUCAUUUCUCCGAUUGUUAUUUAAAACAGUACUUAAGUUU